AUGUCUGAAACACGCAUUCUAUUGACUGGAGCCACCGGCUACAUCGGUGGCUCUGUUCUGACUGCCCUGUUGAACUCGCCCGAUCCCCAUGCUAAAGCAUGCAAGGUAUCAGCCCUUGUCCGCAAGAGAUCGCAGGCGGAUAUCCUUCAGCAGAAAAACGUCAACGCGAUUGUCUUCGACGGACUCGACGACCUUGAUACAUUGAGGACUGCUGCGAGUGAACACGACAUCGUUAUCAAUGCUGCCCUUACAUACCACACUCCUGCCGCCGAAGCACUGUUACGCGGACUUGAAGAUCGCCGUAAAAUCUCCAGCAAACCAGUGCACUUCAUCCAUACCUCCGGCACAUCAAGCCUCGCAGACCUGCCCACCUCCGGCACCUACACCGAGUCCGCCAUCUUCUCCGACAAAAGCGACAUCUACUCCUACGAGCGAUACCGCCAAAGUAUCCAGCCCUAUAUCCAGCGCACAUCGGACCUCAUAGUGUGCGAGCAGGGAGAAGCAUCAAACAUUAGGACAUACAUAAUCAUGCCCCCCUUAAUCUACGGCGAAGGAACAGGCCUCUUCAACCGCCGCUCCAUCCAGAUUAACACCAUUAUGCGCGCUGCGCUGCGAGACGGGUACGCCUCGCGCAUCGGCACGGGUGAGUUUGAGUGGGACCACGUCCAUAUUCACGACCUAGCGUCAUUCUACGAACUAAUUUUGAUGCGAAUCCUGGAUGGGUCUGAACUCGAUACAAAUUCCAAAGGGAUCUACUUCUGCCAGACCGGGCACCAAACCUGGGAUGAGAUCUCGGAUCGUGUUGCCAGAGUUGGAUAUGCGCUGGGGUUUCUGCAGAGUUACACGGUGCGCCAGGUUACGUUGCAGGAUGCGCAAGAGAGAUUCUGGAAGGGGUUGCCGUUGGAGGCGCUGGAACCGACGCUGGCUUCGCAGUCGCAGACUCGGGCUGAUAAGGCUUGUGAGCUUGGAUGGAGGCCGGUGAAGAGGAGGGAGGAUUUUGAGGGUUGUUUUGCGGAUGAGUGGCUUUCGGUUGGGAAUGGGGGUUAA